GACGUCGUUCAGAAACGUCGGUCACGCUACAGAACGACCUUAACCAUAAAUGGUGCCACGUCUCCUCCUCUGCCGAAACCCUAACUCGCAAAGAGAAGCGCUCUUAACACACAGAGCAGCAGCAGCAGUAGCAUCAGCAUCAGCAUCAACGGUCAGCCAUGGGCAAGGUUCACGGUUCGCUCGCACGUGCCGGGAAGGUUAGAGGUCAGACUCCGAAGGUGGCCAAGCAAGACAAGAAGAAAAAACCCAGAGGCCGCGCGCACAAGAGGCUGCAGUACAACAGGAGAUUCGUCACGGCGGUUGUCGGGUUUGGGAAGAAGAGGGGGCCGAACUCUUCCGAGAAGUAAGGUUUCUGUUUGAGGACUUUUACUGGUUUCUUAUGAGGCAUUAUUUUCUUUUGAAGUAUGGAUUAUGACAUUUUGUAGCCAAACUAAUGGUUUAGAUUAUGGUUAUGUUUAAUUUGUACCCUUUAGGAGCGCAGUAUAUGAUGUCCGGAUUCGGGAAUGCUUAUUGAUAUGUUUUACUUUUGACCA